AUGACUCCAAACACCUCGCUCAACCCCAAUCACACCCCAACCACGACCCCUCGCAAGCGCACUCGCAACAAAACCACAACCAAGGACAACGCCGACGAGCCCGAGUCUCAGCACGACGACGACGACCACCACGAAUCACCCAGCAAGAAGGCGAAAACCAAAUCCCCUACCAAAAGAACCAGCAGCCUCGGCCCCAUCCCAACAACCUACGAAGAAGCAAGCGAGGAGGAUAAAUUGCUCAUCCGCCUGAAAGACGAGAAUAAGCCAUGGGCUGAAAUUACCAAGGCGCUUGAGGAUAUCACGGGGGUGACGCUGGGUGCUGGGUUGAGGGCGAGGUAUGCGCGGAUUAAGGCGAAUUUGAUUGGUUUUGAGGAGGGUGAUGGUCCGAUUCUGUUUGAACUCAAGAGAGAGAUUGAAGAUAAGCAGGAACUUGAGAAAUGGCAGAGGAUUGCUGAGGGAAUUGAGGCGAGGAGUGGUAAUAAGUACCCGAUUAUUACUCUGCAGAAGAAGUUUAAGGAAUUGAGUAAGGUCAACGGAGGUGUUGCGGCUGCGGUCAAGGAUGAAGAGUAA